AUGGAUCUGAUCCGGAGAGCAAAGGGAAUGGUCCCCUCCACGUCAAAACUACGGCUUCCAGCUCACGACGCGAAAGCGGGGGUCACAAAGCGAAAUAGCCUGAUAUCGCGGUUGGCCUUUUUUCGCAGGCCAUUGCGGUUACGAGGCAACUCUACCGUGUCCGUGCCGCUGGGGGUCGUUCUUGUCUUCCCUUUACUCGUCGUCAUCCUUAUCCUGGUUUUGUUUGUUCAACACCCCAGCUCUUCUGGCAGGGUAUCAGUGCCUGCUGGUGCGCCUCCCGCCAUCAGGAAAAUCAGCGAGAAGCAUGACAAAGUAUUCGUAACUGGCUGCUUAGAACCCGAUACCAGUAAACCCCGUGCCAACGCUACCUUGGUGGUCCUGGCGAGAAACAAGGAAUUGGAGGGUGUCAUACAGUCUAUCAAGUCUGUAGAACGCCAUUUCAACAGAUGGUACCACUAUCCUUAUGUCUUCUUAAACGACGCCGAAUUCGACGACAACUUCAAGGACACCGUUCGCAACCAUACAUCUGGUAAAGUCGAGUUUGGCCGAGUUGGUCCCGACAUGUGGGGGUUUCCCGACUGGGUUGACCACAAGGUUGCCAAGGAAGGCAUUGCCAAGCAAGGUGAUGCUGCCGUCAUGUACGGGGGGCUGGAAAGCUAUCAUUUCAUGUGUAGAUUUUACUCGGGUUUCUUCUACAAUCACCCACUUCUGCUCAAGUACGAGUGGUACUGGCGAGUUGAGCCCGAGAUUACUUACUUUUGCGACAUCACAUACGAUCCAUUCCUAAAGAUGAUCGAGCACAACAAGACAUAUGGUUUCACAAUUGCUGUCAAGGAGCUCCGGGAGACGGUGCCCAACAUCUUCCGCUACGCUUCGGCCUAUAAAAGACUUAAUAACCUCACCUCUCAGGGUCUGUGGGAAAUGUUUGUGGAGCCCAAAGACGCGGCCGUGGAGAAGAACAAGGACCAGCUUCCGGACGAAGUUUUGCAAAAUGAUCCAGCCAACAACGCCCCUCCCAAGAUUGAUCCUGAAGAAAUGGAGGGCGAAAAGUACAACAUGUGUCACUUUUGGUCGAAUUUUGAAAUCGCAAAACUCAGCUGGUUCCGGAGCAAGGAGUACAACGACUUUUUCGAAAUGAUGGACCGCAGCGGCGGGUUCUGGAUGGAACGAUGGGGAGACGCUCCCAUCCAUUCCCUCGCUGCUGGAGCCCUCCUGGGGGUGAAGGACAUCCAUUACUUCCGUGAUGUCGGCUACCGGCACACCACCAUUCAGCAUUGUCCCGGUAAUGCGCCGUCUCGGCAGCUACCCCGUACGCCUUACCUGGAGAUGACGACGCUAGACGAGAAAAAGCGAAUAGAAGAGGACAAGUACUGGGAGAACUGGGACGAGGUGAAGGAGAACGGCGUCGGAUGUCGAUGUCGCUGCGAUACCGAUAUUGUUGACGUCGAAGGGAAGGAAGGUUCCUGCCUGCCUGAGUGGGUAGAUGUUGCCGGCGGAUGGGCCCCUUAA